AUUAUAAAAUAUCGGUUUUUAAAAAUUUGCUUAUACGGUUAAAUUAGUGCAAAAGUCCGUUUACUUUAUUUCGAUUAACUUGUUAUAACUGUUAUAAGCCUAUGAAUAUUUUAUGCGACUGUGUGAAAAACUUCGAAAUGUUCGUAUCAAAAACGUGUAAGACGGUUUAAAUCCUGACAGCAUGUGGUUUCAAGGACGAAUAAGAUCGGAUAUAAAUUGAGAAACAUAUAUAUCAAGGAUAUGGAUGAAUGCCUUACACAAUUUCGUCUAGUGUUCUUAAUUGGUUGUAUAGGUCCAGUGCUGGCAGACGACAAACCAAUCUCGGAUAGUUCUAUAGCUGCAUUAUCGAUCGUAUUUGGAUUUAUAAUCUUAGUUAUCUCCCUUUCUUUGCUCUGCUACUGUGUCAGAAAGACGAAACAAUUUAACAGGAAUAGAAGAAAAGAAAAACUUCAAGAAAUCAGAAAAGUAUUUGAAGAACAUUAUAGCGAAUAUACCCCAUCAACUGACGACAUGGUGGUCAUAUCAUCUAACGAGAAACCACAGAAGUAUUCAGAAUGGCGAACGACGCAACCCACGACGAAUCUAAACUCUACGCCUCUGAUAGUAACGACACAGCAAACUCCCCGCGAUUCAAGAUAUAUGGUCCGAACAAGCCGAACGGCAAGGUCCAUAUCACCAACUCGAACUUCACCAAGAACGCCACUAUAUGAGCGCGGUAGAUCCAGGCAGAGAUUUGUCUACCCGAAUCAGUCAAGUUCUAACACACUUGCUUAUAAGAGAUCAAAAUCAGCUCCGAAUCUGAACCGUAAGGAAUAUGUUCCAAACUUUCCUAACCGCCAGUUAGUCUACACAAAGUCACAUUACCUCGCCAUCAAGCAGCCCUUUUCGAAGAAAUAUCUUCUGCCUCCAGUUCGCACUUUCUACGCAGAACGUCCGUCAGUCAAACGUGUGGUGGUUCCGCCACCCCCACAACGUCAGGUGAUAGUGGCACCCCCAAAGCGAGAGGUGUAUAAACCAAACGUUUACCAUGUUCAGUACAAGCCGUCACCAAACCAGAUUGUUCACAGGGGUAAAUUUCAUGAAAAUAUAGAUGAAGAUUUUAGGCUGCAGACGACAAACUACAGGAGCUACGAGGAACCUAUUCAAACAAACUACAGAAGUUACGAGGAACCCGUGCAAACAACAUAUACUAGAAGCUACGAAGAACCUGUGCAGACGACAUAUAGAACAUACGAUGAACCUAUUCAAACCACUCUUACAAAUUAUCAGCCAAGAGUUGUGCGACCUGAGCCAUAUGUAUAUAAAAUAUCAAACUCUGAUGGUGGCGAGCUUAAGACGACAACAUGGUCAGGAGGUAAUACUGGAGUAAAUACCCAGCUUUUGAUUGCUCCUGAAGGGGAAAGCGCUUUUCAAAGAACUACUACUUAUACCAUGAAAUACACAGACGAGGCUAGAGUCUCCAAUGGCACAGACCAGAACAAAACAGUUGCCGACGACUAUACUAUUGUAGAUUUUGUAGAAGCAGACGGACAAGGUCGAAAAUCUAAUAAUGGAGUAAUCAACUUCGAUGGAGAAGGUACUUCCGGGACUGGCAUGGUCACGGUUAUAAGCACCUCCACAUCAGAGAGUCAAGCUGUUCACAACUCAUCGGCGCUGAAUGCUCUGGAUAACUUGCUUGGAAACAAGUCCUCAAAAUCCAGUAGCUCAAGUAGCAGUAGCAGCAGCAGCAGUAAAUCUUCAUAAGAAACCCAAGUAAAGAAAAUGUUCAAAUGUUUCUUAAAUGCUUAAUAUGCAUUUAUAAUUUGCAAUAAAUAUGUGUUCUUUCACGAGUUCAUAUAGGUAUGACAAUAGCAAACUUGUUUAAAAAAUACUGUUUAAAAAUAAACGUCAGGAUUGAAAGUUUUACUAAUUUGAAUAUAUUUUAUGACAUAUAAUGUUCAAUAGUAACUUAAAUAUUACACAAGCUGUUCUAACUACUGUUUAUUCCAUACCAGUGUUCAUGGUAUUUAUCGUCUGCUGUAAACAGAACAGUUCAAGAACAUGUUUUCCAGGUACAUCGGCUGAUAUUUUAGUUACACUAUUUGCUGUUAGCACCUUUUCUUCGCGGCUGCACGAGGCUCCACCAUCACCUGCAUAACUGAUAAUAUACAAGUACAGUGUCAAUUGAUCUUACCGGCUGAUGCAGCGUCCGGGACAUGUUAGCUGGCUUUUAUAAUUGUUUCUGUAAUCAAUUUAUUACAGCCUUGUUUCGCAGUGUUCAAAUCAAUACUAUGUUUUCCUGUCGUAAGUUAAUGACCGUCGCCAUCAGUGUGAAAAUAAUGUUUUCUGCUGUCAUAUUUUAAGUGCUUAGCUCUGAUCGAUUAUCUCCCUUAGUAGUUGUUAAUCUGCACCCCGGAUUUCAAAAAAUAAUUUUGGACCCGCCAGUUAAAACCAUAUGCUCUUUUUGUAAUAAUUUUCAAAAUACAUUAUUUUAUUUACAGACUCUUUCAUAACAAAUGUUAGAAGUUCGUAUGUAUGUAAUAUAUUUCUAUAUAUAUAUAUAUAUAUAUUGUCCACACACGGUUUUACAUAUAACUAGUAACCAGGCAGGGCUAUUACAGACACUGUAUAAUGGCAUUUGAUACUUAUGUAGGAAACAUGUACUAUAUCAACCUUUCAACUCUUUGGAGAUAACAACUUGCUUUUAUAUGAAAUAUGCCGCAGGUAUUUUCUCAAUCUUAAGACAAUAUAACACCAGGCAGAGAAAUUUACUGUUAGGGGAAGCCACUGCGUUUCGGUAACGCUCAAAGCAGCCGACCGCGAAAUCAGAUAAAAAAUCUCUUCCACCGUUGUGUCUACGAUUUAUAGCUCCACUCUUCGGAGAAUAGGGGUGCUAUUCUACUCGCCCCGGCGUCGGCGUCGGCUAGAGCUUUCUUGGUAACCUUUGUUUUUCUUUCUUACUAUUUCUUAUAUCAUACUGUAACUUCACAUUAACAUUGUUCAGCAUGCAAACAAAGUACAUGUUGUAUGUGAGGGACUGGGCCAAUUAUACCAAAGGUCAAGGUUACCAAGGUGUUAUACUUGGAUUAUUUUUAAGGUUAAAGUUUUUCGGCAACCUUUGUUUUUCUGUCAUGUCUUUGUUACUAUUGCUUAUAUCUUACUGUAAGUUCACAUAAACUAUGUCCAGCAUACAAGCAAAGUAUGUGCAGGGGCUGGGCCCAUUAUACCCAAGAUCAAGGUCAUCAAGGUGUUAUCCUUAGGUUAUUUUUAAGGUUAAAGUUUUUCGGCAACCUUUGUUUUCCUGUUAUAUCUUUUUUACUACUGCUUAUAUCUUACUGUAAGUUCACAUAAACAUUGUCCAACAUACAAACAAAGUAUGUGGAGGGGCUGAACCCAUUAUACACAAGGUCAAGGUCACCAAUGUGUUAUACUUGGAAUUAUUUUCAUGUUGAAUUUUUUCGAAAGCUUCGUUUAUAGACAUAAUCUUUGGAACUUUAAAAGAUAAUGACUUGAAAUUAAAAAUUAUUUCCUUAUGAUCAUCAUCUGCAUGUGUGGUAACAAUCCCCAUAACUCAGAUUUGUAUUUUUGACCAAAUUAUGCCCCUUUCAUACUUAAUUUUUUGACAAACUUCGUUUUUUUACAUAGCUUUGGUACUAUGUAUCUUCCUUUUUUAAAAUAGAUGUCUCUUAUUGAGACAUAACUUCAUUUUACUGUCAAAUCGCCGGAUAGUAGAGCGCGCUGUCUUACGGACAGCUCUUGUUUAAAAAUGAAAUGUGCAAACUCGUUUUUGUCUCAUAUGUUUCUGUUGUUUUGGUGAAUCUUACAUUUCCGUUCUAUAUGCUUCUUCAUAUUUAUACGGAUAAAAUGAAAAAAAGUAUAUCUAAUACGUCAUACUUUAAUACCCUCAUGUUAUAGGAAUAUCUAUCUUGCAGAAUUGUGUCACACAAAUUCUAUCAUAAAAUAAAUGAGCCGUGCCAUGACAAAACCAACAUAAUGGCUUUGCGACCAGCAUGGAUCCAGACCAGCCUGCGCAUCCGCGCAGUCUGGUCAGGAUCCAUGCUGUUCGCUAAUAGUUUCUCUAAUUGCAAUAGGCUUUGAAAGCGAACAGCAUGGACCCUGACCAGACUGCGCGGAUGCGCAGGCUGGUCUGGAUCCAUGCUGGUCGCAAACCCACUAUGUAGGUUUUCCCAUGGCGCGGCACAAAUGUACUAACAUAACUAUUAUUACAUGAUUAUAAUAAAAUAUUUGUAUACUUUUGAAUACUUUGUUUAUUUACAUGAAAUAAACAAAAUAUUUGUGCUAUAUGUCACUGAUGAACUGUAUUUAAUAUUAGUUUAUAUAGAUUUAUACAGUUAUUUUGCACGAAAAAUCAUUUGUUAUUUCUGUAUAGGAAAACUGUCUUUCUUACAUUUUUAUCAUGUACACUUCUUACACAAAGUUGAAGAAGAUUAAAUUUUAAUGCUAUUGUUGAUUUGCAAUCGAAACUUCUGAAUUUGCUCACUAUUCAAGUUUUGUAAUGUUAUAAAUUUCAUAGUUGUGUAGAAAACUUUUAUCGGAAUAAUUCAAGGCAGGAAACCCGUAAAUAUUUUAGUAAUUAUCAGACGUUCAAAAAUAAGUUUACUUGCGGAUUAUUUUUAGAUUUGUCGAAGUUUAUCGUUUAAUGUACUUGCCAGUUCUUGAUAAUACUUGUGCUUUAUGUAUAAAUAUUUGUUAAAUUUUUGUUUAGUGGAGAACUUGUGGUCAGAACUCCGGCCAUGUGUUUCUUUGAACAUUUUGGUAGUUGGAUGUUGAUUUGUGUGACUAGGUCUGAAGUCAUUAAAGUUCUAACAGAUAAUUUGAAAUCAGAAAAAACAACUUCUUACUAAAUUUAUAUUUUUACUGCUUUCGAGAGAGAAAAUAACAGAGCAACUCAAAUAAUUUCAUUGUUGAUGAAUAACGGCCAUGGUAAAAUAAUAAUUUCUUGUUCAUUUGGUUAGUGUGGACAAUUUUACACUAAAUUCCAUUUUUCUACGUUAUGUAAAAUAUCACAAGCCCUUUCCUUUAACAUUAUGCGGACAAAUGAUGUUUAUAGGGGUAUAUUCAGGCACAACAAAGCCUUAAACAACAGUGAAUGAUAACACUUUUGUUAAUGCCGGAUUUAUUUAAAUAAAAAGCUUUAUUUUCCUGUUUAAAAAUUUAUUAAAAUUAUAUAUUAUA